GCUGUGUGUCUUGACGGUAAAGAGGAAAGCCAGACGACAACAAGACGCGCACGAGACAUCACAACCCGUUCAGCGCGAAGACCGUCUCAUUGUGUUAAAAGAUUGACUGAAGCUAUACCAUGCCUGUGGCCUCCACCAGGACAGAGCCUGUGUCCCAGAUGUUGGACGCGAUGAGCGACAGCACCACCAGCUCCACCACAGCAAAAGACCUGGACCUCAUCUUCCUCAAAGGCAUCAUGGAGAGCCCUUUGGAGCAAGAUGAGAGCCAGAAGGAGCCGCGUCUGUCGCCAGUGAGGGAGAACAACGUGGAGCUCCUGCAGGAGAUCCUCAGUGACCUGGACCCCUUCACACACCACUCCGACACUGUCGCUGAGCUCACCCGCAUACUGACACAGCCUCACUUCCAGUCUCUACUGGAGACUCACGAUUCAGUGGCGUCCCAGGCAUGCGACAGCCCACCCCCGAGCCCAUGUGAUUUUGUGGAUCAUGAGCAGGAAGAAGGCCACACACACAACCUGCCCCCACAACCUGACGCAAUUCGCAUGGUGGGCAUACGCAAGGUGGCGGGGGAGCACCUGGGUGUAACAUUCAAAGUGGAGGGUGGUGAGCUGAUUAUAGCCCGCAUCCUCCAUGGAGGGAUGAUAGACCAGCAAGGACUGCUGCAUGUUGGAGACAUCAUCAAAGAGGUGAAUGGACGAGAGGUGGGCCGGGAUGCCAGGGUGCUGCAGGAGGAGCUGCAAGCAGCCAGUGGAAGUGUAGUUCUGAAGAUACUGCCCAGCUACCAUGAAGCCAUACAACCAAGUCAGCUGUUCUUUAAGUGUCACUAUGACUACGACCCGGCCAACGACAACCUGAUUCCCUGUAAGGAGGCGGGCUUAAGGUUUGAGACAGGAGACAUCCUGCAGAUAGUGAACCAGGAUGACGUCAACUGGUGGCAGGCCCGUCAUGUAGAGGGUGGCAGCGCGGGACUGAUCCCCAGUCAGAUGCUGGAGGAGAAGAGGAAAGCGUUUGUCAAGAGAGAUGUGGAACUGGCACCAGCAGGAAAUCUUUGUACUGGUGCUGGAGGGAAGAAGAAGAAGAAAAUGAUGUACGUGACGACCAAAAAUGCAGAGUUUGACAGACAUGAGAUAUUGCUCUACGAGGAGGUGGCCAAGGUCCCGCCUUUCAAGAGGAAAACUCUAAUUUUGAUUGGGGCCCAGGGUGUGGGACGACGGAGACUAAAGAACAAGCUACUACUGAGGGAUCCACUUCUCUUUGGCACCACCAUUCCAUAUACCUCCAGAAAGCCCAAAAAGGAAGAUCGCGAUAGUCGGAUGUACGCCUUCACCAGCCGCAGCAAGAUGGAGGCCGACAUCAAGAACGGGCGUUAUCUUGAACAUGGAGAGUACGACGGUAACCUGUAUGGAAUCAAGAUAGAUUCCAUACACGAGGUGGUUGAGGCCGGACGCCUCUGCAUACUGGACGCCAACCCUCAGUCUCUCAAAGUGCUGAGGACCUCAGAGUUCUUGCCCUAUGUGGUGUUCCUUCAGUCUCCAGACUUUGAGGUUCUCAAGGCAAUGAACCACUCAGCUGUAGAGGCAGGGGUGGUUCCUAAGACACUGACGGAUGAAGAACUGCAGAGGACGUGCGAUGAGAGCAUAAAAAUGCAGGCGGCCUUCGGUCACUACUUUGACCUCAGCAUCAUCAACGACAAUUUGGACGAGACCUACCGCACCGUCAAGGCCGCCCUGGAAACGGUUUCUAAAAACCCCCAGUGGGUCCCGGUCACCUGGGUUUUCUAG